AUGUCUUUUCAACUCUCUCCGACUGAAGAGCACUACCUUAAGAGGGAGCUUCUAAAGCAAGAACUUUCGCGUGAGAUUCAAUGCCUGAAUGAUGCCCAUGCCCUUCGCAAGUUUGGGUACCCUUUUUCACCCGAAGAUCCACGUUCAAUCCAUUCAGAUAAAAAAUUGAUUCAACGGCUCAAAUCUACGAAAUCCAAUACCGCUGACGCGCAUGCAGAUAUUGGAAACAGUCAAGACACUGAUUACCCGUUACUAAACCAUUUCUUACAGAAUUUCGUUAUGAAAAUGCCCCUUUUAUCACAAAACCUGAUCGAAAAAGAGGAUUUUUGGCAGCAAAAAGUGCAAGUUUUCUUUGAGCACUUCAUGCAGCUUCAAUUCAGUUCCAGUUUUGAUCGUGAAGAGCUGACGAAACGGCGGAAACUUAGCAUGAAACUGUCAAAAAUCGUAUUACUCAUGUACAACUCUGGUAUCGGGUGUGCUCAAGAACCACAAUACUUUGAGCUCGACAAGUUCAAAUUUAAAGAUGGCAAGGAACAGAACUAUAAGAGCGAUAAGUUGGACAAAUUUGUGAUGCCAACGAAAGAAAGUCUGAAAUACUUACUGACCGAAGAGCCAUAUUUUAUCAACGGUUGGGAUUUCAAUGUCAUGGCAGUAGCAACAUAUGAAGCACUGCAUCCAAAACCUGAGUCCGAUGCUAAAGUGAAGCUUCCGUCAUCUUCCACUUCUUCAUCCGCCUCUAACUGGAUGAAGUCAGCAUUUGCAUUUGCGCCAUCUUCGCUAUCCUCACCCUCAAAGUUAUUUUCGAAAAUGACCUUGAGCGACCAAUCUACUGGAAAUCAUGGUUACCACUUCAUAGCAAGAGUUCGACAAGAGAAUUCGAAUGAUAAUUGGUACAUUGCCAAGACUUAUUCAGACUUUAAGCGCCUUGUUUCCAACCUGAACAAAGAAUUUCCCGGUAAAGAAUUGCCCAAAUUACCGCAUAGCAGCAAAGUUGGAGUUUCAACAACUACAGCAGCGGGUGAAGCGAGCAAUGACGCAAUCCCUUCUACACCUAAGGAGAGAAUUAUAUCCAGGUUUGAUGUAGAAUCAGCAGCUACCAAUGAUGCAAGCUCUGCUGUAGAUAGUAUCGAGAAUACGCAAGAUAAUGACGAGUUUGACGAAUUUGAGGACGCUUCAGACAAGGUAACCAGACAUCUCCCAAGGGAAAAAUUGAGAACAUCUCUAAGACAGUUUCUACGCUCCCUUACUGAGGAUAGCGAAGUAGCAAAGAGUGUGUCAAUGUUGAAAUUUGUGAGUACGGCCAAGAUAGAAUUUGACUCACUUCCAACAUCUGUCAUUCAGGACAUGAAGGGUAGAGAAGCUGUUGAUAUCGAAAAUUUAGAAAACCAGGUUGCUUUCCAAAAAAUGGCUUUCGAACAGACCGUUGAUCUACAAGAAGCGAUGAAGGAAUUCAAAACAUCGAUUCUGAGAGAUGAUCAGUAUUUAAUUAACUUGUUCCGAGAAAUCAAGGAAAAGGACUCUAUCGAAGAGCUGUCUCCAACCCUAAAAAUAUUUAUGGGCUGGUGCAGAAUCAACCUGUCAGCUACCAUUUACACCACUUUUCUGGGUAAAGACGGAGGGUAUGAACUUUUCACGCAAGUAAAAAGACUGCAUAAACUAUUACCAUACACAAUGAUGAUCCAGAUCUUAAAAAUUACCAAUCCCAUGGCUAUAAUGAAAGGCAUGAUGGACUUGUUUAUGGCGCGACCUUUUGGUGGAAACUCUCUACUUCAAAGCAUGUUUUCGUCUGUCCUCAGUGAUGAUUUGAAAUCUCAAUUCAAGUUGGCAAGGGAGAUCGAGGAUGCUAUUGCCACAGAGAGCAAAUUUGGAGUUGAAAUAGCCAGAGUAUUAUCUACGGCAAUCUUUGAGAAUGAAGAUGGCAAAUUUGUGGACAUGGAAGACGUCCAUGAAGAAGCUACUGGUAUGUCUAUGCCUCUCUCCCUUGUUUUAGUAAUGAAAUGUUGUGAGAUUGGUCACAUUUCUCAAGACGCGCUCGGUGAGCUCAUCGAAUCAUAUGCGCAGUGGAAAAAUCGCAAAGACUCAAAGGAACAAGAGCUGUCAAAAGUAGACUCUGCCACUUCAAUCACAGAUGUUCCUGGCCUAUAUUUUUCUCACGUAAAAGGUCUUCUACAGAUCUACAUCCGUGAACGAGACAAACGGUUAAUGAAGCAGGUGUGGCAAGAUCCGGAACUAUCCCAGCUUCUGAAGUCCAUGAUUACAUUGUUUUAUGAACCUCUGGUUCGCAUUUUUAGGGUAUCGCGGAUGGAUGUGGCAUUUCGUAACUUUGAAAAGUUCAUGACUGACCUUGUAGCAUUACUUGACAACGUCAUCAAUGGACAGGCUUCUUCUUCAACAAGCUUCAAUGUUGUGGAUGCUAUCAGUAAGAUUGUCGAGAAACAUGAAAACUCUUUGUUCCAGUUCAUCCACGAUAUUUGUUCGCAUGAUACCGAGAACACAUUUGAAGGGAUGAUAAACUAUUUAACUUCGAUUGUGAAGUUUCUUCAGGAGAGCAAAUAUGGUGAAUGUGACCGAAUCGACUUGGUUCAUCUUGUAAAUCAGUGCUCUCAAAAUGGUCUCGAUGCCAGUAGACUGAAGAAGCAAUUGCAAGACCUGGUCUCGAGUAAAGAAGCUGCUCGCCAAUUAUACCAAACCAUUGUUGAGUCGAAGACUUCAAAAUCUUCAAAGAAAAAGCUAAAUGUGAAGGAAGCAAUGGAUGAGAAAUGGCAACAAUCGAAUGAUGCAGCUAUGCCACACGCUGCCGCUGAAAUCGGAUUGCAAGAUGGUGAUUUGGUUGACCUUGACUUGGAUGUUGGAGAUUUUGAGUUCUUGGAAGAUGAGAACGAAGAGGCACUACAUCGCGAGUAUCAAGAAGUACUCCAGAAAGAUCUUGAUGUUAGCGAAAUCUCUAAAAUGACGGAUUUGAUUUUUAAGGAUAAGUUACGAGAAGUAUUGAAGCUAUAG